AUGCACUUGGAAGAUUGGAAGCACCCUUGGGAGUACUUUGGAAGGUUUGACAACGAAAACCUUAAUCCACUCGGACGAUUAGUAAUUCUUCCUGAUAUCCUUGAAGGAAUUGUAUUGGACUUGGGAAAUAACGCAAUCAUUGAUUCGAGACAAGCCGAUAGUUUACUUAAUUAUCUCAAAACAAACAAAGACUUGGAAUUAGAUUUCUCUGAUAAGUAUGGAUACAUGGAAUUUGAACCAUAUUCCGUAGUUCCCUCAGUAUUUUCAAGUUGGGGUUUGAGUGAAGAGUUUAAUAUCAAGCCUGAAAUUUCCGCACCCGGACAAAUGAUGAUUUCAACCUUUCCAGUGAAUUUGUCACCUUAUGCAAUAGAAUCUGGAACAAGUUUUUCAUCACCAUAUGUGGCAGGCAUAGCAGCCUUAUAUAUUGAAAUAUUUGGAAAGCAACAGUCUAUCGAACAACUGAAAACUUCAUUCAUGAAUUACGCUGUUCCUAAUAUAGAUCACAAUAAUUUACUAGCUCCGGUGUUGAUUCAAGGCGCAGGACUCGUUGACGCUUUUGGAGUGUUGAAAGCCACCAGCUUUGUCUAUCCUCCAAAAAUUAAUUUGAAUGAUUCUGUUCAUUUUAAUGGGCUUCAAAAAUUAAAUGUUUACAAUAGCGGAAGAAAAGAGAUGAAAUAUAAAUUAUCACACUUGCCAGCUCAAAGUUUUAAUGGAUAUAAUAAAACAUUUGAAAGAAAUUAUUUAAACUUGGAAUAUUUUACAAACCAAGAACAAUAUGCUAGAGUUGUAUUUGAUUAUGAUCAAAUUGCUGUACCACCUGGAUCAAGUGUUGAGGUCUCUGUGUCUUUUACUUUGCCAAAGGAACUACCUAAGGAUGGACAUUUGUUUUAUAGUGGAUGGAUUGAAAUAAUUCCUAUAGAUGAGAACAUGCCUAUGAUGACGGUUCCUUAUGCUGGGUUAGCUGAUGAUGCAAGAUCGCUUCCAAUAUUUCAAACACCAUCAUUUCCUAGACUUCUUAAUUCAACUGAAGGUGCUGUUACCGAAGAGGAUCCGAUUGAAACAUAUUCCUUAAAACCUUUUAACAUUACUCUUAACUUAUAUGAUUAUCCAUUUUUAAAUCUUAAUCUUGCGACUCCAACACAAAACAUUAUCACCGAAAUACUUGAUGUUAAUAGAAACCCGUUAGGAUGGGUUAAAGAAUUUACUGGAAUUAAAUAUCGAAAAGUUCCAGUAAUAGUAUUUGUUUAUUGGGAUGGACUUAUUUAUAAUAAUCUUGGUGAUGUAACAGAACCUGGUACACUCGCUCCUGAUGGAAUAUAUUUAUUUAGAAUUAAAGCGUUAAAGAUGUAUGGUGAUAUUAAUAACGAGAAGGAUUAUGAAUCUUGGGUUAGUCCUAAAUUUAGAAUUAAGAGAAGUGCAUAA